AUGGAGGGGCCUAAUGACAGCGCAGAGAACACUGAAAGUGGGCCCAAUUACGUUAGCCCCGAAAGUGGGCCCAACGGUGCGAACACGGCGAACACGGCGAACACGGCUAACACGGCUAACACGGCAAACUCGGCGAACGGCACCUUCUCGUUCCAGAUGCUCGACAUGAUCAUCACGAGCGGCAGCACUGACCGAUCGAAGUCGCAAGAGAAGGAGACGAACUAUAUGACAGAAAAUACAACGGGGAAGAGGCCCUCAUGUACAUCCGAAGAACGAGCAGAAAUUUCAAGCGGAACAAAACGAGCAAAGCGGAAAAGCUCUCUCCCUGAGCAAACUGCCAACAGUGAUGAAGAUGCAGUUCAAUUUAAGAAGGAACUUCACAAUUUGGGGAAAAGGGAAAUGAAGAAAAAAAUGGUCUAUAAUAUGAACUCAGAGGUAGCAAUAGGAAGCGGUUCGGAAUUCUCCCUUCUGGGGGAGUUGCUGCCUGUUGAAGGGGCCCCUGGUUUGGCUUCACCUAAAGAGGAGAUGCCAAUUCUGGGCGACUUUAUGGACUCCCUAAGUGGUGGCAAUAGCAGCUGGGGGGAACAGUACCACCUGUGUGGGGAAAGUGACAAACGUAGCGAUACGAAUGAUCGGCAUGAAAAACACAUGAACGAACAGGACGUGGAUGCGCUACUAGCCAAAAUGGAACAGGCGGAUGAAGAAGUCCUCCUCUCAAAGAGCAUCGAUUGUACCAACUGUAAAUACUACUUAAAAGAAUUGACGAGCAGAAACUACAUGGACUUCUCCUACAUGGAUCAGUAUAUCAGCGAGGGGGAGAGGAACCUACUUUUAUUAAAAAAUAAAAAAAUUGAGGAAUUAGAAAAUGGGAACAAAUUAAUGAAACAAAAAAUGAGGAAGUUGAAAAAGGAGAACAAAAUUCUGAGCAGCAAACUGGACACACUCGCCGAGAGCUUAAGCGAUUUAAGGGACCACUUUGACAAGCUAAUGGAAGAAAAUAAAUCUCUAAAGGAGGUGAAUAAACAGCUGCGCGUGGAUCUGGAGAAGGGGCAGUUGUGUAAGGAGGAAAUGGAAGGGGCAAAUAGGAAAGGGGCAAACAGGAAAGGUGCGAACAGGAAAGGUGCGAACAGGAAAGGCGCGAACAAAAAGGAUGCACCUUCUUCAUCCCAUGGAAGAGGCGAUCCCCCCGAAAGGGAUUUUGAAAACUCAAUCGAUAAUGAAUUAUUUAACGAGCUUUGA